CGAGGCCCAUCAUCACAGUGUGCUAGAUUACACCUCUCGACUGUUACUCUACUCGUACACACCUACACACCAUGGCUCACAAGUCACAUCGUCAAAAGGCGCUCCAGGCGCAGCUCGAGGCGCCUCGCGAGAUCUCAGUCGUCAAGCCCAAGACCAAGAAGGCGGGCGUUGCGGCCCCUGCCCCCGUCGAGGCCGAGAUGGACGUCGACGGCGAGGGCUUCUCGGACGACGACCAGGUCCUCAUCAACCAGCAGGCUGGCCCCUCGUCUACUCCCGCAGCGGCAUCGGCAGCAGCAAUGGAGGUCGACGGCACAGCCGCCUCGUCGUCUGGCUUCGCCCCCCUGUCCGCCGCCGAGACAUCCACCACCCUCAAGGGCGAGUUCCGCCGCGUGCCCAUCCCCCCGCACCGCAUGACGCCGCUCAAGCGCGAGUGGAUCAACAUCUACACCCCUCUGGUCGAGAUGCUCGGCCUCCAGGUCCGCAUGAACGUCAAGCGCCGCGCCGUCGAGAUCAAGAGCUCGGGACACACCGUCGACUCGGGUGCCGUGCAGAAGGGUGCCGACUUUGUCAAGGCGUUUGCGCUCGGCUUUGAGGUUAACGACGCACUUGCCCUCCUCCGUCUCGACGACCUGUACAUCGACUCGUUCGAGGUCAAGGAUGUCAAGACGCUCCACGGUGACCACCUGUCGCGUGCUAUUGGCCGUAUCGCCGGUGAAGGCGGCAAGGUCAAGUUCUCGAUCGAGAACGCAAGCCGGACACGUAUCGUCCUCGCCGAGACCCAAAUUCACAUCCUUGGUUCGGUCCAGAACAUCAAGAUUGCGCGUGACGCCGUCGUCUCGCUCAUUCUCGGUUCUCCUCCUGGCAAGGUCUAUGCCCACUUGAAGACUACUACACCCAAAAAGGCCGACAUCAUGAAGCCUAUCAUCCUGCAAGGACACGAGCGUUCGCUCACCCAGAUCGUCUUCAACGCCGAGGGCGACCUGCUCUUCUCGGCGUCCAAGGACAAGAUUGUGAAUGCGUGGUUCACGUCCAACGGCGAGCGUCUGGGCACAUUCAACGGCCACAACGGUUCGGUGUGGACCGUCGCCUGUGACUCGCAGACAAAAUACCUCUUGACGGGCGCGGCGGACAACACGAUGAAGCUGUGGGACGUGUCGACGGGCAAGUGCCUCAAGACGUGGGAGUUUUUGACGGCUGUGACGCGUGUGGACUGGAGCGAGGACGACGAGCUGGCACUGUGCAUCACCGAGCAGCGAACGGGCCAGCCAUCCGUCAUCCGGACGUUCAAGAUCAACCGCGAGGACCCUGCUGCGUCGUCGUCGACUCCCCUCAAGGAGAUUAUCCUCACCGGCUCCAAGGCGACUGUCGCGCUCUGGGCUCCCCUGUCCGAGUUCAUCCUCACUGGCCACGACAACGGCAAGGUCGCCAAGUACGACGCCAAGACGGGCGAGGAGGUCAACUACGUCGACGACGCGCACACCUCGACCAUCACCGACAUCCAGCUCUCGCCCGACGGCACGUACUUUAUCACGUCGUCCAAGGACAAGACUGCGCGCAUCUUUGACUCGGACACGCUCCAGGAGAUGAAGGUGUACCCUACCGAGACGCCGCUCAACUCUGCCUGCAUCGCCCCUCUCCGCCCCUACGUCAUCCUCGGCGGUGGCCAGGACGCCAUGAACGUCACGACCACGUCGAGCCGCGCCGGCAAGUUCGAGUCACGGUUCUGGCACAAGCUGUUCGAGGAGGAGGUCGGCCGUGUCAAGGGACACUUCGGUCCCAUCAACACGCUCGCGGUCCACCCCCAGGGCAGGGCAUAUGCGUCGGGAGCCGAGGACGGCUUUGUCCGCGUCCACUGGUUUGACGAGUCGUACUUCCGGAGCAGGCCGUUCGGUGACCUCGAGCCCGAGGUUGAGGUUUAGGUGUAGAGUGGGAGUGUAGCUGUGUCAUGCAUACAUCGAUGAAAAGGCGAGCCGUGAGGACGUGAGCUGCGUUGUAGCGAACGGCCGGCGUGGUGGAGCGGCGUGGGGUUGACGAACUAGAGUCUGUAUCAAGUCCGGCACAUCUCCUCCAGGUCGGCUCCC